UUAAAUUACUGUUUUAAAAACAAUGUAAGCAAGUACAAACAUAUUUAGCUUGCAUAAUUUUAUAUUAUGUAUGGCACAUCUAACAAUAAAACAAUAAGACCACUGUAUUCAUUUGAUAGAAUUGUUAAGAAAACAAGAAAUGAAGGCCUGAAUAUGUCAGAUCAAAGCACACAGCAUGAGUUGAUGGUGCAGGGAAGGAAUUACCCUAUAUCAUGUCCUGACAUCAAGCUAUCUGAGAUAAGAAUGUUAAUGAUUGGGGGUCGCCAGUUAAUGGGAGCAGUAGAAACAAGUGGAAAAAGUUCAGCUGGAAACAUAAUUUUGGGGAGGAAUGCUUUUGAUGUUGGGAGAAGAACUGCACGAUCUGUUCAAGCUACAGGAGACGUGCACGGAAGACAUCUGACUGUGGUGGACACACCAGGCUGGUGGUGGCAUUACUCAGUGGAAUACACUCCUAAGUUUGACAGACGGGAAAUCAUAAGAAGCCCAACACUAUGUCUUCCUGGACCUCACGCCUUCCUUCUGGUCAUACCUGUAGAUUUAGCAUUUCCAAAUAUCUAUAGAAUGACUCUGGAACAACAAAUUAAGUUUUUGUCUAAUGAGGUCUGGAAACACAUUAUUGUGUUGUUCACUUCUACUGAGCCAUGUGAUGAGAGCUCUUUGAAAAACAAGGUCAGAAAAUGGCCAGAUCUCCAACAGCUAUUAGAGAGGUGUCACAACAGAUACCACAUUCUUAAUAUUAACAACCAGAGUGACAACACUCAAGUGAUCACACUGCUGGAAAAGAUCGAGAAAAUGGUGGCACAAAACACUGGUCAUCACUUUAAAAUUGGCAGAAACAUCUAUGUAGCAGAUGAGAGAGAGAAGGUAAAUAGAGAAAGAGCGAAUCAAAGAAUUCUUGCUGUGAAGAGGCAAAGAGCUGAACUCAGAGCAAAGACCACAGAUGGGCCACAACAUCUGGCUGAUAUAAGGAUUGUGAUACUUGGAGCAGCAUGGGCUGCAAGGAGUUCUGCAGGCAACAUCAUUCUGGGAAAAGAAGCUUUUAAAGUUGAUGAUUCAAGAACAACAGUGUGUUGUGAGGUAAAACAUGCUGAAGUGUACGGGAGGCAGCUGACAGUGGUUGACACUCCAGGCUGGUACUGUACCGUUCAUGUGGAGAGCACUUCAGAGCUGGACAAACUGGAGAUUAGACGUAGUGUCUGUUUAUGUCCACCAGGUCCACAUGUUAUUCUAUUAACUAUUCCCAUUGCUAUAACGUAUAACAAGAUUUAUAACAAGGUUUUGGAGGAACACAUGGAACUCUUAGGAAAGAAGGUCUGGAGUCACACACUUGUGCUGUUUACCAGAGGAGACUGGCUUGGAGAUACAACCAUUGAGGAACGUAUUGAAAAUGAGGGAAAACAACUGCAGUGGCUUAUUAAAAAGUGUGGGAACAGAUAUCACGUCUUUAACUGUAAGCAGAACACUGACAGCACACAAGUCUUGGAACUGCUUGCAAAAAUUGAGGAAAUCGUGAUGGAGAACAAUGGUUGUCAUUACGUACCAGAAACAGACAGCAAUCCAUCCACAGAGCUUGAGAUUAAGAUGAAAAUUGCCAAAAGAAACAUGACCAAAGUGAGAAGGCAAAGAGAUAUCCUUCAAGAGCUGCUGAAGGAACAGAAAUACAAGCUUUCAGAUUUGAGGAUUGUGCUUCUUGGAGGAGAAGGAGUUGGGAAGAGCACAUCAGGAAAUGUCAUUUUACAAGCAAAUGUUUUUCAGAAUAUGCAGGGAGAGAACUGUAAAAUUAAGAAAAAAAUAAAGCAAUGUGUGAUGCAUCAGAGGAAAGUGGAAGGAUGGCAUGUCUCUGUGGUGGACACACCAGGCUGGUCCUCAUCAACACUGGAAAAUGCAAAAGAAAUCGUGCAAUGCGUGACAGUUUGUUCUCCAGGGCCACAUGCAUUCCUGCUAGUGUUGCCUGCACAUCAGAGUUUUACACAGAAAGCUCAAAGAACUGUGGAACAACACAUGAAUCUUUUUGGCAAAUGUGUCUGGAGACAUACUUUAGUAUUAUUCACUGGAGGACGCUGGCUGAGGGAAAGACCCAUUGAGCAGUACACUGCAUGUGAAGAAGCAGCUCUGCAAGAGUUGAUAGAAAGAUGUGGCAACAGAUAUUACAUGCUUGAUGAGAAGGGCAACAAAUCUCAGGUCAAAAACCUGUUUAAGCUGAUUGUCGAGAUGGUGAGGAGAAACAGAGGUGAAUGCUUCACUCUAGAAAAGAAAGACAUCAAGCCGUCACCAACCGUGCUUCAGUUGCUCAACGAGUCAAAGACACUGAGAGACGAGUGGAACAAGCGCGAGGAUGAACUCCUAGAGAAAAUGUUGAAGGCAGCAGUGGUGGAUCUGGAUGCAGAAGAAUCCAAGUCAUCUCACCGACGAAGAGGAAGCACUAGUCAGUCAACAGCUCGACUGGAAAGUAAGAAGACAAAAGAGAAGAUGUCAGCUCAAGGCACAGGACAAACCACGGAGGCACAGAAAAGCUACCGAUCAUCUUGCCCCGACACAACACUUUCUGAGAUAAGAAUUGUAAUAAUUGGGAGUCGACAACUUGGGGGAAUAGAAGGAAGUGGAAAAAGUUCAGCUGGAAACAUAAUUUUGGGGAGGAAUGCUUUUGAUGUUGGGAGAAGAACUGCACGAUCUGUUCAAGCUACAGGAGACGUGCACGGAAGACAUCUGACUGUGGUGGACACACCAGGCUGGCAGUAUGACAGUCCUCUUGAAAAGACAUCAGAGCUGGACAAAUUAGAGAUUGAAAACAGCAUACGUCUAUGUCCACCAGGUCCACACGUCAUUCUAUUAACUAUUCCCCUUGAAACAACAUUUAACAAGUCUUCUCAAACCGCUGUGGAAGAACAUAUGAGUCUUCUGAGGAAGAAGGUCUGGAGUCACACACUUGUGCUGUUUACCAGAGGAGACUGGCUUGGAGAUACAACCAUUGAGGAACGUAUUGAAAAUGAGGGAAAACAACUGCAGUGGCUUAUUAAAAAGUGUGGGAACAGAUAUCACGUCUUUAACUGUAAGCAGAACACUGACAGCACACAAGUCUUGGAACUGCUUGCAAAAAUUGAGGAAAUCGUGAUGGAGAACAAUGGUUGUCAUUACGUACCAGAAACAGACAGCAAUCCAUCCACAGAGCUUGAGAUUAAGAUGAAAAUUGCCAAAAGAAACAUGACCAAAGUGAGAAGGCAAAGAGAUAUCCUUCAAGAGCUGCUGAAGGAAAGGAAAUACACUCUCUCAGAUGUGAGGAUUGUUCUUCUCGGAGGAGGAAGAGUUGGAAAAAGCACGUCAGGAAACAUCAUUUUGCAAGGACAUUUAUUUGAGAAAACGACAGAAGAGGAUUUUAUUAUCUGCACAAGAACAAUGCAAUGUGUGAUGAAACAGGGGAAAAUUGAAGGAUAUCAGGUCUCGGUGGUGGACACACCUGGCUGGUCCACAUCAUCUCUGGAAAAUGCGAAAGAAAUCUUACACAGUGUGACCGUUUGUUCUCCAGGACCUCAUGCAUUCCUGCUAGUGUUGCCUGCACAUGAAGCGUUUACAAAAAGAUCUCAACAAACAGUGGAGGAGCUCAUGAGCCUGUUUGGUGACGAUGCCUGGAAACAUACUAUAAUAUUAUUCACUUAUGGACACUGGUUGAUGGACAGAACAGUUGAGGAGUACAUUGCAUGUGAAGGAGAAGCUCUGCAAGAGUUGAUAGAAAGAAAAUGUGGAAACCGAUAUCAUGUGCUAAAUAAUGACUGGACAAAUAGAUUUCAAGUGAAAAAUCUGCUCAAGAUGAUCGAACAAAUGGUGACUAGAAACAGAGGUGAAUAUUUUACACUAGAGAACAAAGCUAGCAAUCCAACAACAGUGCAUCAGAUGUUUAAUGAGACCCUGGAAGAGGAGUGGAAAAAACAUGAAGAUGAGCUCAUAGAGAGGAUGUUGGAGGCAGCAACAGUGGAUCUAAACGAAGAAACCGAGCAGUUCUAUCACAAACGAAGAGGAAGCAUUAAGUGCUCAAUCCCAAAUAUGAGUGGAGAUUCACUGUUAGAUGGAACCAGUUUAGUUGGAGCUGAUAUCCUGGACCCCAAUGACAAAGUGUGUCGAUGGCUCAGACCUAGAGAUGUAGCAUCGUCUGGACACGGCACCAUGAGCACUACAUCAAGUUUUCAAGAUCCGAACAGGGAAAGUCUGAAAGAUGAAAUUCCACUUCACAAACACAAUUCCAGAGACGUGGACAAUAUGAAAUAUUUCACAAACAUAACCGAGCAAAAGCAUAAAAGAUCAUUUUCUUUUUAAUCACAACCUGUAUAUUACAUAGUUAACUAUGGACCAUUAUAUGUCCCAGGGAUUUUUGAGAAUUAGUUAUUAGAAAAUGUAAUGUUUUUGCUUUUUUGUAAUGAAAGUCACAAAUAGAUAGGCAUGCCUGAGAGGAAAGUGGAUAUAUAUUAUUAUAUAUUAGCAAAGAAAGUUCAGUAAAAUUUAUUGAGUAAUGUUGAUAUUAAUAUAAGAUGCACCAACACAUUUAUACAUUUUUAAAUCCUUAAAUAACUAUUCAUUGUGAUGCAUUUUUGUAGUGAGUUCGUGUGAGGAAAGGAAGAGGACAAGGGUCGGCUUGACUGCUGACGAGUUUAUUAUAACUCAAAAAUAUAUAUUCUUCGUAAACACCAAUGGUGACUUUUACUUUGACAACAAUAUACUCUAACGCAUAGCACUUCCGGGUUACUCCUUCCAGUUCUCAGGUCA